AUGCCUAUACAUACCAUAUCCGCAGCCCUCGACAAUGCCUCUUCCUCCACCCUCACUACGGCCGCCAUCACAGCUGUCGGUCUUACCAUCCUUCGGACUUAUCUCGGUGGACGGACUUCAACAUGGGAGCGAGAAUCGGCGGGCAAGAUGAUCCUCAUUGCGGGACCUCUCUCACCUAUCAUUUUAGCUCUCAUACAUCACCUCCUCCAUCUUCCCUCCCCUCCACAAAUACUCUGUCUCGUCCCCUUCCCCUCCCCUCUUCCCGAAGAAAUAUUGACCAUCCUCCAUACUCUUCGGAUCGGAAUCACUAAUCCCCUAGCUCAACUUCACUGUGAACCUCUUCCUCGUACACCUGCCGGGGUUCGGGAGUUUGUUCGAAAAUGGAGUUCGGUCGAACAGGGUCUCGCGGGCGAAGGAGGUCGACGGAUAGAUGCUGUAUUGCUUUCUUCUGGAUGGGAACUACAACCUGAACCUAUAAACUCAGGCGAAGAAUGGACGACGGAACAAUUUCAUUUUCAUCUCAUUACAGCUUUACUACCACACCUCCUGCGUCAGCCGGCUGAACGAAAUAUUCGUAUCAUCUCCCUUCUUUCACCAACUUGGGCAGCGGCGAUCCCUUCCCUUCAUGGUGUCCGACGUUCCGAUUCCUUGGUCCAACAAGUCGGAGAGAGAAGUUUGAGAACUUUGCUUGUUAUGAAACACUUUCAACUCAUCCUUGACACGUUGGCCAGUGCGACUUACGGCAAAAUACUCGAUGUACCUAUACCGGAUGGGAGUGUCAAGAGAAGAGACAAAUCGAUACAAAGUAAUAUCAUGGCAUUGGGUGUAGUGAUGCCUUGGGCAAGAACGGAGGUGGUGCGUGGGCUGUUAAAAGUUGACAGUUCAUGGUUGAGAUGGUUCCUAUAUAUAUUGUUCUACCCCAUAAUCAUGUUCCUCACGCCAUCUCCAAGAAAAUCUAUGCAAUCUAUCCUAUUCGCCUUGUCUGCUCCUGUACGAUACUCGUCCGGUCCCGCUGAUGGCAGCGUGAUCACUGGCAGUUCGGACACUACGACCGACGGGACAGACAUGGAAGAAAAUCGGAGAGGCGUGCAAGGAGGAGAUGUCGUACGUGAUUGCGCCGUCAUACAGGUCCCUCCAGUCCUGUCAGAUUCAACACGAGCCAAAGAAGCGUAUGACGGGUUGGAAAAGGAGGUUGAGGGCCGUAUCAAAGCCAAACAGGAUUCACCUUCAAAUAAGUCCAAAUCCGAAUGA